UUCUCAAAACUCAACCAAACGCUCUUCCCAAUUUACAAAGAUAAACUCCAUCAGUAACAAUGGCAGCUUCCGUUGUCUUUGGCUUCACGCCGGCGGCCACUUCUGCCGGUGUAAUGGCAACCUCCUCAACCAAACUUCACUUCAGAACUAAACCCAAUUCCGAUCUAGGGUUUCUCGCUUCUCAAUUGAGCGGCAUCAAAAUCUCCUCCAACCACUCACUCAUCUCCCCCUCUCCCAUUUCUCCUGCUCCUCUCAGACCUUCCCUUCAACCUAUUGCUCGUAGAAUUUGUCCAUUUACCGGAAAGAAAGCAAAUAAGAAGAACUUAGUUUCCUUCUCCAACCACAAGACCAAGAAAUUGCAGUUCGUGAAUCUUCAAUACAAGAAGGUUUGGUGGGAAGCUGGUAAGCGUUUUGUGAAAUUACGUUUGUCAACUAAGGCUUUGAAGACUAUUGAGAAGAAUGGACUUGAUGCUGUGGCUAAGAAGGCUGGAAUUGAUCUUCGUAAAGAAUGAUAUGGUUCAAUUGGAGCCGACUCUUCAAGGAGAGUUGCAGCUUCAAAGCAUUCAGCAGCCUCCAACGCCGAUGCCCCAGCGUCAGCUUUAUAUAGCAUCCCAAGACUGUACCAAGCAGAUGGAUUUGCUCGAUCUAGUCGAAGGGCAUCGGUUAGCAAGCUUCUUACUACAGGAAACGACUGACUACCGCCUAGCUGUUGGAGAAGACGGGCAGUGGAUAUCAAGCUGGGAACAUGGCCAGGAUCAAUGUCCAAUGCUUUGUUGUAUGCUUGCAAAGCAUCUCGUGGAAGACCCUUAGACUCGUAGAGCAAACCUAGCAGAUUGAUUAUUGAAUAUAGAUAUCAUGGGGUCAAUGAUGUUCUUUAUUAACACACUUCAAUGAGACAACUUGAAUCAAAACUAAAUUGAUUACUAGUAAUAAAAUCACAACUAACUAAAUACUUUCCGGAGAA